AUGUAUCAGGGUUCCCCAAACUCGGUCCUGAGUGCUACAGCUUUCUUCUCUCAGCUGGUGGUGAGCAUCCUGGCUCAGAAUAGGUCUAUCUCCUACCCUGUAUGCUACCCCCAGGCUCUGCUCAUCCACCUGUACGGAGCUGGCUCCUUCACUAUCCUGACUGCCAUGGCUUAUGACAGGUAUAUCGCUAUCUGCUGUCCAAGAAAGCAAAGAACCACAGUCAGUGUUUUGACCAGUGGCUCUUGGUCAUUACACUGUGAUGACACACAUAUAAACAACUGCUAUGGUUUGUUUAUAACAGCUGUCUUUCAGGAUGUAACUUUGAUAGUGGUUAUAUUUACAUAUAUCCUGAUCCUGCUCACCUGUGUUAUGAAUAAGUCGACUGAUGCCCAGAGCAAGGCCAUUCAGACAUCUGGUACACAUCUGGUAGUGUUGUUAUUCUUAGAGUUCAACGCCUGCUUUGCCUUGAUAGCUCAUUGAUUUUAUCAAUCAGCUCCAUCUCUGAGGAGGGCUUUUGGAGUGUCAGUUAUGGUGUUCCCACCCAUUCUGAAUCCCCUCAUUUAUGGUCUAAAAACUAAAGAAAUUCAACAAAUUGUUCUGGGUAUCUGCAAACGAAGGGUAUCUUCAGUUAAAUGA